AUGGAUCCGUUCAAUAUUCCCCCCGAAGGGCUUGUCCUAAGACGGGAACCCAAACACAACACACACAGUAAACAGACCAAAGAGCCCACCCAAGUGAUCCGGUUGGACUUGGUUGAGUCCGUGACCAAGGACAUCCUUCGAUCUCUGAAAAACAACGAACAAGUUCGGCUCCGAUGUGGAAAAAGACCAGUGGUGCAAUUCGGCAAGAAAACGGUGACCCUAGAAAGCAGCAUCGACCCAUUUCCAACCGAGAUAUACUCCAAAUCCGACGAUGAUACAGCGCCUCUAUACUUCAGUGGCAAGUCAAGCCAUAGACUCGAGGUCAAGAAAGCUGAAAAGGAUACUGCAAAAGCGGACGAGGCCUUGGCUACACUUGAAAGCACCCUCAAAUCUAUACAAGAGGAACGAGCGUCGAAUGAGACAAGCUUGAAAGAGGACCAGAAGCAGGGACUACGGAAAGAUGUGAAGCCAUCGCCAUUAUUGGGCCAGGGUUCUGCUUUGAGGAAAGAUCAUUUGUUGGGGCCCUUGAGUAGGUCUACGCCAGGAAGCCCUUUUCUAAGUGCCUCGUAUUCUCCCCGACAGGGGCCUACCUCGGCCCCUUUGUCCUCUGGAAUGUCGACGAAGGAUCGAAUACGACUCGAUGCUAUCCGCGUACCACUCGUACAUCUUCUCGCUGUCCGGCCAAUGACACCGAAAGCGAUCUGUGAUCAGUUGCGUGCAACCAAGGAUGACAUCGACAAACUACUCGAUAAAGUGUCCUGGGAAUCGAAAGUAGAGGAUGGAAAAAGAGAGCUGAAAGAAAAAAGUUACCGUGAAUUGGAUGUCUGGAAAUUCCAGUACCGGUCACAGGAGGACAGGCAAGCAGCCAUUGACCAUGCCAUUCAAGCAUAUGACAGGAUGAGAGUGGAGAAGAAAGACCCUCUCUGGCAGCUCUUACUUCCUGUAGAGGAGCGGGGGAAGGGCAAGAUCUUGUCGAAGCUGAACUUUGACAAACCAGUAUCCAGUCACGCCACCCCUAAGCCUGAGCGUCCAAAUGAGGAAGGCAACGAGAGUAAGAAUGAGGCGUCAGACCGAGAUCAUGGUAAGGCGCGAGCAAAGAAGGAUAGAGAGGUGGGGGGUGUAGAAAAGGCACGCAAAGACAAGGCCUCGGCCAAGGGUGCAGUGAAGGGCGAUCCCAGUGGUGCGGUCAAAGUCAAAGACAAGGAUUCCUCACACUCGAAACCUGCCAAAACAGAUACCAAAUUCAAGUCCUCUGAACGCAUCGAGGACUCCGAUGAAGAGGCCGAAGCAGCGGAUGUCGUCGCCAAGCCAAAGAAGCCCGUUUCAGGAACAACCAAGUCAACUUCCACAGUAAAGAGAAAAGCAGAACAUGAUCCUCUCAAAUCAGCCAAGUCGCCUCUGACCACUUCCUCUCCCAAGAAGAAUGCUCACAAAUCGACGCUUUCAAGCUCAUCGACAUCCAGUGGUAGUAACAGCGCAAGUGAUAAGCCUCGGUCUGCGGUCACAGGAUCUUCCAAGUCGUUGAAGCCUCAGAACCACCAGAGGCUGGAAAGUUCGGCUUCUCGCAUAUCUCCACGGCCACGCCACGACAGUUCACCCCAGAAGCCAUCACCACUUGGCUCGUCACCUCCCACCACUUCGACUGAUUUAGACAACUCCAGCUCCAGCAAGGCAUCAAAUCAUUCUUCGGCUCCGUCAUCUCCACCCUCCAGCACCGACAUGCCUCAAACGAAACAAGGCAACAAAUACUCUCCAGUCAUCUCGGACAAAAGUAGGAACGUUUCAAGGGGCAGAAGCCCUGGCCCGAACCCUGUGAAGCGCAAGGCUGCUCCCACAGAGGACGAACGUUCUGCAAAGCGGCAGCACCAGGACCAGACGUCGACUCCCAAUCAUUCAACCCCUUUGUCGAAUGGUGUAACCGACCACCCUGCCCUGAAGCGCCCUGCUGGUCCGAUCCGAACAGAUUCUGAACGGUCAUCUAGCCCCGAGAAACCAGGACCCAACAGGGACGAUGUCAUUGAGGAGGCGAGACGGUUUCAGAAGUAUUAUAAACGAUACAAAGACCUAUAUGACAAGAUAUCACAAAUGGACGCAAAGGAGCGUGACGAGAAGGACAUGGGUGACCUGUGGAAGAUGCACAAGCGGUUGAAGGAGAUGAAGGCCGAGAUUUGGGCGAAUUGGGGUAAAGUUGAGAAGGUCGACGCGGCUGACCCUAACGAGGCUGUGAGAGCGAUGCUUGCGGUUGCAUAA